UUUAGACAUUAUAGUGCCAAGUAUUGGUUUAUUUCUUUUUUGUAAUUAAUAGCGAAUAUAAGAAAACAUUUUGAAUUUCGAAAACGAUUUUAACCAUUAGUCAAGGUCGCGUUCGAUGAGCUUCGCAAGUUGAAGGUCGGCCAAUAAAAAGUCGAUUGUGAUGCAUUUGAAAAAAUGUCUCAGUUGGGAAAAUUUUCUCGAGAUUCGCGAAGAGUUGUUUGGCGACUGAGAUGAGAAAAUGAUCUAACAAUGAUCUCGAACUAACGUGUAAAAACAAUGGGUAAUUUUAGCGAUGUGACUGAAAAAAAUGAAACUUCGGAAUCAAAUUUUUGUGUUAUAGCAAUUUACGUUACCGUUCCUUUAUUAUUUUGUUAUUGGAUUUUAGAAGUGCAUUAUUUUUUACGUUUUUUAUUAUGCGCUUUUAUGGCGAAAUUCUUCAAAAGACGGUUGUAUAUUUUAGACGAGACUACCUAUUCGGGAAUUUGUUUGACCACCGACGUAGAUACGCUCCUUUUUCAUAUGAACAAUACGCGAUAUCUGCGAGAAGUUGAUUUUGCCAGAGCAGAUUUCUACGUAAGGACAAGAUUAUGGAACGAAAUCAGAAAGAAAGGAGGUUCGGUUGCUCAAAUAUGUACCAAUAUUCGAUAUCGCAGAUUUAUCCGGCCUUUUACUUUUUACACUAUUACUACCAAGGUAAUGCAUUGGGAUCAUAAUACCAUCUUCAUGGAGCACCGUUUCAUCACCAACAACAACGGUUUUGUGAACGCCAUUGUGAUGAGUCGCCAACGUCUGAUUGACUGCAGCGCAGAAGACGUAAUGAGCGAAUUAUUAUACAUACAAAAUAAAAACAGCGAAGUCAGCUUAACCAAACCAGAUCUUCCAUUGGAAUAUGUACGAUGGGUCGAAUGCAACGAUAUCUCAAGCGCCAAUUUGAGAAGUAUUAAUGAUAAAUGAAGUACCUAACUGGCACUUAUGAAAUUCUCACUCAAGAUUUCAGAACAGCAUAUAGCACUCGAAUACUUCUUGGAUCGAUCAGAUUCAUCUGAAAGAAGUAGCAAACUGGAAAAUUUGCUGUGUUUUUUCUUUAUUAUGUUGCAAGUAUAACUUGCAAAUCGAUUUCUCAUUCUAGUGUUACCAUCACCAGAAAACUUACCAUUUUUUGUUUUUUAUUUUUAUUUUUUUGCUAUCGAAGAUUUUAUCUUGUGGUUUGACCAUGUCCAAGAUUUCUAUUGUUUUAUCGUUUAUGGAUUCAUCCAAGUCUAUAUGGUUCUGAAGUAAAUUCAGUCUCUUCUUUCUCAAAACUUACGUUUCUACCUAGGUAUCUAAACUGUACUCGGUGAAACAGCAAAUGAUUUGUUCUCGAGUUUUUCUACUAAAUUUGUUUCAAGUCCUUUGAACAAUUCAACUUUAUUUUCUAUUGUUAAGGAAUUCAGUAUUUCUUCGUUUUUUCCGUCCGGUGUCCAUUUUGUUUCGAUAAGCAAUAAAAUGGAUAAAAUUUUCGUGCUGUUUUUCAAAAAUGGAAUAAAAUAAGGUACCUAACCAGGAACUUUGAAAGUUGUAUUCAAACGUGAUAGCUUCGUUUGUAAGAUGUACUCUCUCGAAUUUGAAGAAUAAAAUUGUAAAUUUGUGGGGGGAAAAACAAUGGUCAGUUUUCAAGACCAUUUGAUUUCUCAAAAUUAUUUUUUCCAAUCUUAAAACUUUUUGGAAAUGAUGUAAUUUUUUUGUUAUUAGUAUUUCUCUACUUAUUGUGUUGAAUAUUUUUGAUCCUAUUUGAGAAUCUUUAAUUUUUCUAAAAGAUAUCAUCAUACUCGCAUGAAAAACAUCAAAUUUACGCGUAUUUUCUGAGAAAAUUUCAAUUUGGAAUUUUACGCUUCGAAAAAUAUUUUUACUUCACUUCGAAAACAUUUCGUUCGGAAUCAAAGACAAAAUAAAAUAUUGAGAGGUAGAAAUCGAUUUGGAUGAAAAAUUCACAUUGGUAAUUGAAUUGGCUCGUUUGAUACGGAAUAAAUUGUGGUUUUAUAGGCUCGGCUAACGUGAUUCCCUCAUCUCCUCUAAUUUAGCGAAUUUUGUGAACAUUUUAUUGAUGAAAUUUUCGAAAGUUUUUGGGUUUAUCGUGGAUUCUUUUGUGGAGUGAAAAGUUUAUAGGUACAUAUUUUUCUAUUCGAUAGGCAGAUAUCUAUCAAUUUUUAUAAUUUUUAAACUUCGAGGAGGAUAGGUGAGGUUAUUAAGUGAGGUGAAUUACGUUUUGAGAGAAGGUGAAAUUUCAACGACACGUGUUGUUUUGAAGCCUAAAUGGGGUGAAGAAGCAGCGAAAUUCAACUCCAUUCGGGUCUUGUAUUUGAACAUUUUGUAUAACAUUUUGUAACUGUUCGGUUUUUUUUCCAACUAAAUAUUCAACAUUUUGUAUGAUCAAAAUAUUGCUACUUUUACCGUAUAUUAAUACAUACCAUGAUACAUGGUGUCUUAUGUAAUUUGGUUUUCAAAGCCAAAUUCGGAUCUGAAGAAAUUACAUUAAUUUUAAUUUUAAAUUGAAAAAUGUGUACGAAGAAAAUGUCUAUUUUUAAAAUUGAAAGUGGUACAGAGAAAAGGGCUCAAUUUAGUAACUUCCUUUUUUUUUUUUUUUUUUUUUUUUUAUGGACAAUACACUGUAGUGUGUAUUUUGAACAUCUUGGAUUCCGUUUUCAGUGGUAUGAAUAAUGAAUUAUUCUUCUUUUAUGUACUCGUACUUCAUUACUUCCAAGUGAACAAAACAAAAUGAUGAAAUGAAUCAAAAAUAUUAUUCGUUUAAUUAAGAUUAUUCAUAUUAUGUAAGUAAUUUUUGCACAAUAUAAUUUGUAUACGAAUUUUAAAAUCACCUAUCAGGUAUCCAUUGAUGAUAUCUAUGGUAUCAAAAGCUCAUCAACAAGGUGAAUUAUUAUAUUAUGUAUGUAUUAUGUGAAAGAAAAGAAUGUUCCAAAACUGCUGUCAAUUGGCCGGUUAUUUUUGUUCGGCCUCAUUUAUUAAAAAUGUGUACCUACCUACACUUUUCAAAUUUUGAACAGAAAUCAAAAAUAUGGAGACAAAGAGACUAUGGAGGGAAGAGGAAGCAAAAAAACGGAUUGAACAUUGUUGUCUCUUUGGCUAUUUGUUGAAAAA